AAGUCACCAGCCAACUUUGAUGCCUAAGGUGGAACUACAACUGUUUCCAUGUUUCUAGCCUGGUGCCUUAACUAAUUUCUUAUAGAGCUUAGUUUCCAACCACUUGAUCAACCUUGUUGCCAUUCUGUAAACUUAUUCUACUACCGAUAUGCUGAAUAGGAGAAAGAUUUCUACAAGGCAUGAUAUGGUCAAUGCAAAAGACAGUUAACUCCUGAUGAUUUGGCAAUUACAUUUAUAUCAAUGCAGUAUAAUUACAGUUCAUUUGCAGUAAUGUUAUACUGUUGACUAAUUCAAAUUCUGGUCAACCACAAUUCCAAGUGUUAUCUCAUUUAAUUUUUUGUUAUGUAUUUCACAGCCAUCCUUUCAACUCUUGUUAAUAAAAAUGUGAAUGGAGCAGAAACCUACAGCAUACCGUUUAGUAUUUCCUUUCAGUUUGAUGAACUAAUGAACUCUUUUCAAGAGUCUUGAGCCAACAGUAUUCACGUAAUUAAAGCCAUAAUUAUGUAUUUUACCAAUCUAAACUUCUGAGGUAUUGUUUAGAUGUCAUGCUGUUGAUCAAAAAUGAGAUAAGGUUAGCCUGUCAAGACUUGUUCUUGGCAAAUUAAUGCUGACCUAGCAAGAGAAGUUUUUGGGCAAUGCACAAAAUGAUUUUUUAGACGGUGCAGCUAUUUGGUACGGUCUUCUCAAAGGUUAAUAUAUCAAUACUUGUGAUUGAACAUUUAGAGGCAUCGUACCCUCGAAGGCAAGUGGAGGUAAACUAUAGGAGAGAGCUAGUUCCUUGUUCGGCAGCACAGUGCAAGUAAUCGUGGAAAGCAAAUUGCUUAGCUAAGCGGAUCCACCUGGAGUCGUGGUGGAACUUCCUUUCUUCCCUCAAACCGCGGCAUCACUAAGAUUAACUCGGUUAUCGGCGCGCAGGGCGACGACUGCAGUUUACUGCGUCCCUUAAGCGGUACCGACACAUUUGACUGGGCCUCCCUCCCCAGCGGAGGAGGCGACAUACGGCCAUCAAAGCACAGCAAGUUCCAACAAGAGAAAAUCCGAGUUACAGCCGUGCUUUCGGGGCGACGGAGCAGCUCUGUCCCGCCUGCAGUGCCUACUGGAGGACGCCCUUAGCGCCCCAAUAGGGGCUCUGGCGCCCCAGAGAAGUUCCCGUUGAAGCUCCGCCCAUUUCGCAUCAGCCUCCUCUCCGAGUUCGUCCAAAUGCCGUGGGAAGUAUACGUGAGUUCCAUUGGUUCUGCAGCGGUGACAAUUCAGGCCCCGACGUUUUUCAUUGGAUCCCAGAAAGGAAAGAAUGUGCUGCCCGAUUAUUUUCGUAGCUCUUCUGUCAUUGGCUGCUUAUAUAGCGCGGAUGCUUCCUUUCCACAAGCGGCGAUUGGUCCCGAUGUAGUGCUAGAAGGGAGGGCUCUGUGCGUUCACUUUCUUCUGAUUGGAUUUUUCUCCGAAGCUAUUCGGCUCGGAAACCGUUCGGGUGUUCGGCUCGGCAUCCACGGAAGACGCUUAGCAAGGCUGCGUAACUGGGCUUUGAGGGGAACGCGUGCGUAAUACCGACGAGAGCGCAGCGGUUCUUUCCGAGUCCAGAGAAAUGGGGCGGUCGGUUCCGUAUUCCCGAAGAGUAGUCCGUAGGGGCGCGUAAGCCGAGUAAGGAGCUAGAACCUGGUGGCCGUACCAACAGCAACCGAGAGAGAAGCUGCUGCAACGGCCCCGUAAGCGAGUAGCGGACAAAGGAACCCGAGCGAAGGGGUGGCGGAGGCGGGGCCAAGCGAGACCCAUCGCCAGCAACGUCGCAGCCGGCUGAGUCGGAAAGAUCUGCCGCUUAGCAGAACCAUGGAUCACCCCGCCGUCCUCCAACUGCACUGCAGCGCCGUCCGCCUGAGCCGCCCCUCCGGACGCGAUUUGCCCGCCCCACGGGCGCUAUGAGAACUCCGGCGGCACUCGGCCCCCGCGUUGUCGAGCGAGAGACGGAGUGACCAGGCAGGUAGGCAGGCAGGAAGGAAGGAAGGCAGGAGCCCGCUCCUAAGGCCGCCCCUCCCCCGCGCCCUUCCUGCCCCCGCCGCCUCUCCUCAUACGGCCCCGGCGGUUUGGCCGCCACUCUGUCAGGUUCUUUUCGGCAGCGGACGCGCCACCCUCGCGUCAUAUUCCUCCGCCGGCAAAUAGUCCGUCCCUUCACUGUGUCUCCCCAGCGCCCCCAUCCCGAGGGAAAAAAAAAAACCUCUCUUCUGGCCGUCGCCUUCUCACGUGACUGACUCGCUACCUAGGAAAAGGAAGGAAGGCGGGCGAGCGAGGAAGAAGAAAGGCGUCGCAUCGGAGAGCCGAGCGGUGCUGCUUCUCUUUCCUGCCCCUCGCAUCAGAAAGGGGCGGGGAGUGACUGGAUUGUAGGGCUGGGCGGAGGCGGCCGCAAGCCCAGGCGCUGCCGCUGCUAUUGCUACGGUAAUAGGAAUGAAGAGGAUGGUGGCCUGCUGACGAUAAAGCGAAGUGGAAAAGGGGCUGGGCAAGACUAAAGGCGGGCGCCCUCCUUUAAGGGUGGGGGGCCUGAUCUUCACACUCUCCUUUUCUUCGCUGAGAGGACGAAACGGAGCAGAGAAAAGGAAGAAAAAUCAGAGGAGGAGAAAGUCGAUCCGAUAGGGAGGAAAAGCUAACAGCUAACAAACCAUGUCAGGGCGCCCGAGAACCACCUCCUUUGCAGAAAGCUGCAAACCGGUGCAGCAGCCUUCAGCCUUCGGCAGCAUGAAAGUUAGCAGAGACAAAGAUGGCAGCAAAGUGACUACAGUAGUAGCAACUCCUGGACAAGGUCCAGAUAGGCCCCAAGAAGUUAGUUAUACAGACACUAAAGUGAUCGGGAAUGGAUCUUUUGGUGUUGUUUAUCAAGCCAAACUCUGUGACUCAGGAGAGCUGGUUGCCAUUAAAAAAGUUCUGCAAGACAAGAGAUUUAAGAAUCGAGAGCUUCAAAUCAUGAGAAAGCUUGAUCAUUGUAACAUUGUCAGAUUACGUUAUUUCUUUUACUCCAGUGGAGAAAAGAAAGAUGAGGUAUAUCUUAAUUUGGUGUUGGACUAUGUUCCUGAGACAGUAUACAGAGUGGCAAGGCAUUAUAGUAGAGCCAAACAGACACUCCCCAUGAUAUUUGUGAAGUUGUAUAUGUAUCAAUUAUUCCGAAGUUUAGCUUAUAUCCAUUCCUUUGGAAUAUGUCAUCGGGAUAUAAAACCACAGAAUCUUUUGUUGGACCCUGACACAGCUGUUCUAAAACUUUGUGAUUUUGGAAGCGCAAAGCAGCUAGUUCGUGGAGAGCCUAAUGUCUCUUACAUCUGCUCUCGAUAUUAUAGAGCACCAGAGUUAAUUUUUGGAGCCACAGAUUAUACUUCUAGUAUAGAUGUUUGGUCAGCAGGUUGUGUGUUGGCAGAAUUAUUAUUAGGACAACCAAUUUUCCCAGGAGAUAGUGGUGUAGAUCAGUUGGUGGAAAUAAUUAAGGUCCUUGGAACUCCCACAAGAGAACAAAUUAGAGAAAUGAAUCCAAACUACACAGAAUUUAAAUUUCCUCAGAUUAAAGCACAUCCAUGGACUAAGGACUCGUCAGGAACAGGACAUUUCACCUCAGGAGUACGGGUCUAUAAAGCAAUUGCCGCUCUUGGAAUGAAAGAAUUAGGAGAACAGCUGAGAGUGCCUCAUCACUCUCCUGGCUUAAGUUAUAAGGUCUUCCGACCCCGCACUCCACCAGAAGCAAUAGCUCUAUGUAGCCGCCUGUUGGAAUAUACCCCAACUGCCCGCCUGACUCCACUGGAAGCAUGUGCACAUUCUUUCUUUGAUGAAUUACGGGACCCAAAUAUCAAAUUGCCAAGUGGUCGAGAGAAACCUGCACUCUUUAACUUUACUACUCAAGAAUUGUCAAGCAAUCCAUCUCUGGCUUCAAUCCUCAUACCUGCUCAUGCUCGAAAUCAAGCCGCUGUUUCAACUCCUACCAAUACUCCAGCAGCCUCAGAUGCCAGUGCAGGUGAUCGAGUUCAGAUCAAUAAUGUAGCUUCAACAUCAGCUUCCAACUCCACCUGAAAUGAUCUCAAGCAGCAGCUUGUACAGGAACAAUCACCAGUAAUUUUGAGUCUUACUCAGCAAUACUGGUCACGUUUGGAAAGAAAAUGUAAAAAGAAGGGGAAAAACUGUUCAUUAUAGUGUUGGAUUUUUAAAAAAUUGUUGUUCUUAUUUAACCUUGUAAAAAACCAGUUUCAUUGUAUACUUACUCUGCAGGCUCUUUGGGGCAGGGGAAUAAGUGGGGUGGGGAAAAGGGAAAUGGAUUAUUAGAACACCAAUUUCUCUUUCCAUGACAAUCUUCUAAUUUCAGAUAAUUGCUGUUGUGUACUUUAGAAUCAGGAAUCUUAUCUGACGACCUCCAACAAUCACCGUUAUCAUCAGAAAAAAAGGAAAGGAAGAAACCCCUCAUUCUGUUGAAGCCUUGUAUUUUUAAGUGAAGUUUCAAUUUUUGGUGUAGUGCACAACUUGAAUUUGGUUAGGAGUUUAACAGAAGUUGCUCAUCUUGAGUAUUAUUUGCUGGAAUUAAAUGUCUUCAUGUUGGGUGAGGAGGAAGAACAAGAUGAGGUGCUACACUAUGCUGAGUUGCCAAAGGGAACUAGGAAGGAGGGGGGGGGGAGUUACAGUGUGAAAAAAAGCUUGAAAUAAUAAGGAACAAAUCAUCUUAAAUUUUCAUUUGCCUCUGAAGAAUUCUGCAGACAUUAUACUAUUGGCUUGAAUAUACCUAUCCCAAUGUUUUAGGAGUUGGAUAAUAAAAAAAAAGGGUCUGGAAAACAUAGAAGAAAGCCUGACUAAUCUAUACCCACACCUCAGUAGAUGGGAGUUAGGUGUACAUGUCCCUCCAUGCCAGAAAAUACAAAAAUCCUCCUGCAUUCUGUUCAUUCCUUUUGAUUCUAAAUUGAUUCUGUUCUUGAGGAGGAACAUUGGGGGGAAAGAUGCAAGGAUAUAAUGUGAAUGGACAUACUAUUUUCAUAGCAUACAGGGCUUUUAAGUUGAUAGAUUUAUUUAAUGGGUAGAAUUAAAUCCUGAUUUAUAUUUAAAUUCACCGUUUUCAGCCUCUUCUUUUCUAACCUUUGUUUACUGGUUUUCAGAAGUUGCUUUUGUCACAGUGGAGAAUAUUAAUCUGUAGAAAAAGAGUUCACUUGCUCCAAGUGUCAAGUAUGUGUGUAUGUAUAUAUUUUGUGUUUUAUAUGUGCACACAAGCAUUCGUGCAUAUAUAUAGCGCUACUUUUAUUUUUUACAUCUAGAGCAGAAAUGCCUGUUUGCUACGUCUUUGUUCUGGAUAAUUAAAUUGUGGCCAAAGGUCUCUGUGACAUGAAAGCAAUAUGCCUUGAACAGUUUGAGAAAGAAUGUCAUUACUAAUGCAUAAAGCACUAAUGGAUUCUUGUGACUAGCUUCCUCUUUGAAUUGAUAGCUGUACUUACUUAGCUUUGCAUCAGAUUUGCUUUUCCUUGCAAUAUCUUUCAUUGGUGAACCUUUUGAAAUUAGAUUUGGACCAAGGAGAGUAAGUAGUUUAUAUUCAUUUCUUAGGUGUGAAGUCAUUGGGGGAAGAAAAGUAGAGUCUCAAAUGGAGAAUGGGGCAUGCCCAGAAAGGAGUAGUGGCUUCUCUAAAAAAAAAAAAAAAAAAAAAUCAGAUGACUUUAAAGACCAUACGCAUCACAACUUAAACUAGACAGUCAGGAAGCUUUCUUUCAAAAACUAAAGCUAGAGAACUAGAAAAGAACCCAUAAUGGGUGAGAGGCCUGGAAGACUCUCUUGCUGCAUGGCUUGAGCCUACUGGCAUCUUUCAUGUUGAGCAGGCGGCCAUCAUAGUCAAAGCUCAGUUUUGUGGUCUGAAUUCAGGAAGAGGAGAUCUUAGGAGGUUUUGUAUUAUUUUCAUUGAUUUAAAUAAUAGGAGAGAAAAAUUAAAAGCUUUAACACUUUUUUUAAUAUGUGUGUCUGUGUGCGUGUGUGUGUGUAUAUAUAUAUAAAAACUAGGAUCCUGAUUUUUUUUUCCCUAAGGAUCAUGGCAGAACUGCAAGCAAAAUUUUAUAUAAAUCUAGAUCUAGGUGUUUCAGUAUCAUUUUUUGUAAAUAAACUGACAAAAGCUCCUCACCAAAUUCAAGUUUGUACAUUAGUUCUUAAACUUUUAAGUUGUAUUGCUUUAUAUGUAAAUACGUGGACACAGGAACUGUUAUUAAUGAACAAAUGUUAUCAUUCAGGGCAGUUAAUUUGUUUUAAUAAUCAGACAAAAUGUAGACAAGCUUUUUAAAGCCAUAUAGUUCUAACUAUGUACAGUAGAUAACUGGCCUGUAUUAUUGUAACAAUAACUCUAGCAAUGUAUAGUGUAUCUAUAUAGUUUGGAGUGCCUUUGCUUCCAUGAUUUUUUUUCCUUCCUUUUUGUAACAGAUGCCUCAUAUGUGCAGAUAUGCUUCCCUUUUUUCAGCCAUUUCAUGGUCAGUAGCAGCGUUAAAAAAAAAUGUGUCCAAACAUCCAUGGCUGUGUUCAUCCUGCUGAAUUGAUAGCAACGAGUUACAGCUCAACAGUAUCUGGAUAGCCACCAUUUUCCCAGUAUUUUUGCACACUUAUUUAAACAUAUCUCCACUGUAACUGGUUUCAUUAUAUAGAUAACACUUUGGUAUCUAAAAUGACAGGUUUAUCGUUUACAGAUUCUUGCCCAAUAUGUUGUUCGGUAGGUCUUGUUUGAUCACUGCUGCUUAGAGCUUUUGCUUGGUCAUGUUGUUUAUUCAGAGACAGAAUUGGAGAUUGUAAAAUAAGUAAGCAGCUGUAACUGGGGAGGGAAGUACUGGGAUCAAAUACAUACACCUGUAUAUUUUAGAUUUAAAAAUCUUGUAAGCCUUUUUGGACAGAAAGAAAGUUGUGGUAUUAAGUGUCUAUUACAAGGGUAGGCAACCUUGGCUGUUUUAUGACUCGUGGACUUCAACUCCCAGAAUUCCUGAGUCAGCUGACUCAGGAAUUCUGGGAGUUGAAGUCCACGAGUCAUAAAAUAGCCAAGGUUGCCUCCCCCUGGUCUACUUCCAUAGAUUAGCAACUCUGUUCUCUGUUCUCAUUUACUUGCCAAUUUUUUAUGAACAUUAAUUUUUGUGCUCAGCACAAAGGCCUUGCUUUUAAAACUCUGCUCAUAUAUAUUCAACUUGUUAAUAUUCUACAUGAGGUUUUCUUUAAUGACAAAAUGCUGAACUUUUUAUCAAACCAAAGGUUGCUUUUUUAAAAGUUUUUUGUAACCAUCUUCUGUUCAUUCCAGUAAGACAGAGGAUGCCAUUUUUCUGGUGACAUAAAAGUCAGUGAAAAUAUUUUGUUUCUGACAGUCCACUUGGAAUUUAAAUUUUAUGGUUUGUUUUUAAAUGAAGUACCGUAUAGUCUCUCAAUCUAUCCUUUGCGUUGCAGUUGUGCAUAAUCCUACAAUGGCAUUAAUGAUAUUCUCUGUGUCAUUGACUGAAAAUCAGAAAAAAGGCACUAGUAAUCUUAAUUUUGAAGUAUGUCCUUUCAAACAAUGUUAUGGAUUUUUUAAACAUAUUAUUUUAAUGCCAUCUAGCUGGUGCUUGAAUAAGCUUCUAUGAAUAAGCCAAGAAAUAGUUGAUGUCUGUAAUUAGUGUUAAUUUAAAACAAUCCCUAAUUAAAAAUAUUAUCAGCAUUUUUCUCCAUUAAAUAUCUUAGCCUCUAGAGAUCAAAGCCAGUAAUAAAAAGCACAGUUUGUUGUUUAGCCCAGAACUGAUAUUUUUCAGAUGUGCUCAUCAGAACUCCUUUUAAUUCCUAAUAUUUCUACAGGAACUAAUUCCUUGCUUCAUUUUGCAACAAGGCAAUAAAAGCAAAAUGACUGGUACCUAAAGGGUUAGCUUGAGAUAUGUCUCUUUCUAGUGUUGUUUGUUCUUGGUUUUUUGGGGAAAAACACAAAAAACCAUUUAUAUAUAUAAAUAAUACGCUUGCUUGUAAAAUUUGCAUUUGUUACUAUGUUGCUGAUCACUUGGGCUUGUACACACAAUUAGCGUGAUCACUUUCAUCUUAAAAGCAGAGUUCUAAAUAUAUAUAUAAUGGACUAUGGGUUGUAUACAAACUAUUGCAUACACACGCAAAGCUGUCUUGAUUCAAAGAAGCAAAACAUGUAUAACGUUAUUACUACUUGAAUGCCUCUGUGACUGAUUACUUUUUCAUUUUAAGUAUAAACUUUUUUGUGGUAUGUAUGCUUAAUGUUCAUUAUUUUAUCUCCUCCCUUCGGCUCCUUUGUAAAUACAUUAUGUUCUGUGUGACUUGGUUUGGAAAUAGUUAACUGGUACUGUAAUUUGCAUUAAAUAAAAUGUAGGUUAGCCUGGUCAUGAAAUUUAAAAA